GUCUCCAUCCCUGGCUUUGGCAACGCGUGGCGGUGAAACGUGUAAAAUUUUUUGUUAGAAUUUGCAUCAAUUCGCAAAUUUCUACCGCACAAACAAAUUUGUUUUUGUUGGUCAGUCAAUUUACAACUGUGCAUGAGCAGAAAUUAAGCAGCGACAAGUGUUGUUGCAGAGGAUAAAAACGGUGUUGAGCGUGUGAAAAGUUUUGUUCGUCACACACACACAACAUCAUAAUUGUGUCGUACUGCCAGACAGUGAAGUGAGUGAAGAAAAGUGGCAAGUAAAAAAAGUAGCAAAGUUUUUAAGUUGGCGACGACGACGUUGAAACAAUAACAAAAUAUAUCACUAAUCUAAAAGGCUGGUCCCCUGCCCCCUGCCCGUUACUCCAACAAACUACAAAUAAAACAACGACGACAAGACCGCGUGUUUGUGUUUGUGUGUGUGAAGAAGCAGCGAGGAAGAAGAAGAAAGAGGGCGAAAGUGUGUCGUCGUCGCAGUGUGUUUGUGAGUGUGCUGCGUUGCCCUCUGUGUGUGUGAGUGUGUGCGUGCGUAUGCAGUGAAAAUUUCCACAAAGAAUUGAAAGAGAUUUUGAAACAGGCAAACAACAGCAACAACAAUGGCCGCGCAGGAAAACACGGAAAUUACAACAAAAUUCAGCAAGCUGAAUGUGAAUGCAGUGGAAUUUGUGCCCAGCUUUAAUUACAGCAGCGCUGCCAGCGCCGCAGCUGUUGCAGCCGCCGCUGCCGCUGUCGUCGUCAAUGCGCCGCCGCCGUCGUCACAACAGCAGUCGACUCCAGUGGAUAAUGCGGCUGUUGCCACUGCAACUGAAGCAGGAACUGGAUCGGUGCCGGUUUCGGGAAGUGCCACACCUGCCACAACGCCCGAUUCCACGGGAAGCGUUGGCUCCACAAAUGCAUUAAAUGCCGCCGCCUCCGCUGGCGUUGCAGCAGCAGCGCCGUCAUCGGGAGCAGCAUCGAACUCGGCGUCGCCAGCGCAAGGUUCGCCAGUAACCACGCCUUCGACGGCAACGGCGGCAGCGCUGCCGCCCAUUGAGAACAUCAAUGCAGCGGACAAAGUGACAGCCAACAAUGAAACCGAUCCUGCUGACAGCUGGGAUGUGGAGGAGGAUGCGAUCAUAACACCCGAAGAUGAGGAGGCCGAGGACACUGAAUUCACGGAGGGCGAAGCCACGCCGAAGGUCUCAAAGAAAAAGGUCGUCAAGGUGGAGGAAAACAGAAGCAAGCGCGAGCAUGUCAACGUUGUGUUCAUUGGACAUGUUGAUGCUGGUAAAUCAACAAUUGGUGGUCAGAUCAUGUCCUUGACGGGCAUGGUGGACAAACGUACUCUGGAGAAAUAUGAGCGAGAGGCACGCGAAAAGUCCCGUGAGAGUUGGUAUCUUUCGUGGGCGUUGGACACAAACCAAGAGGAGCGCGACAAGGGCAAAACUGUGGAAGUGGGACGCGCCUUUUUCGAAACAGAUCGCAAGCAUUUCACCAUUCUGGAUGCGCCAGGACACAAGAGCUUUGUGCCAAACAUGAUUGGUGGUGCGGCGCAAGCAGAUCUCGCAGUGCUCGUCAUUUCAGCGCGAAAGGGCGAAUUCGAGACGGGCUUCGAUCGAGGUGGACAGACGCGCGAGCAUGCGAUGUUGGCCAAGACGGCGGGCGUUAAGCAUUUGGUCGUGCUGGUCAAUAAAAUGGAUGAUCCAACGGUGAAUUGGGAUCAGGGGCGAUACAACGAAUGCAAAGACAAGAUACUACCAUACCUCAAGAAGCUGGGCUUCAAUCCAGCCAAGGAUCUUACCUUUAUGCCUUGCUCGGGUCUCAGCGGCUAUGGCCUUAAGGAUCAGGUGCCAGAGACGCUGUGCACCUGGUACAGAGGGCCUGCCUUCAUACCGUUCAUCGAUGAGCUGCCCUCGCUUAAUCGCAAAACAGACGGCCCCUUCAUCAUGCCCAUUGUGGACAAAUACAAGGACAUGGGCACAGUAGUCAUGGGCAAAGUGGAGUCUGGUAUGGCGCGCAAAGGUCAAAACUUGCUCGUGAUGCCAAAUCGGACGCAAGUUGCCGUGGAUCAACUGUUUUCAGAUGAUUAUGAAGUGACAUCUGUGGGUCCUGGCGAGAAUGUCAAGAUCAAGCUGAAAGGCAUCGAAGAGGAGGAUGUUUCGCCCGGUUUUGUGCUCUGUGAUGCCACCAAUCCCAUCAAAACGGGCAAAGUCUUUGAUGCUCAGGUCGUAAUUUUAGAACACAAAUCAAUUAUCUGUGCGGGCUACUCGGCCGUCAUGCACAUACAUUGUGCCGCCGAAGAAGUAACGGUGAAGGCACUCAUCUGUUUGGUCGACAAAAAGACUGGUGAGAAAUCAAAAACACGUCCACGAUUCGUUAAACAGGAUCAGGUCGCAAUAAUGCGCAUUGAAUGCUACGGAAUGAUUUGCCUUGAACAGUUUAAGCUAUUCCCCCAAAUGGGCCGCUUUACGCUGCGAGAUGAAAAUAAAACUAUUGCCAUCGGCAAGGUACUCAAGGUGAUCGAAUAAAUUGAGCCAAGCUAUAUUCGAGCGCCCCGCCUUUCACUGCGGCUUUAUAGCAUCAACAACAACAACAACUGCACCAUUCAACAACGUAUGCCAGACGACAGAAAUGAAAAUAACGCCAACCGCCAACGCCACGCUUUCUUCACAGAAUUGACACACACACUUAAUUACACACUCAGCUCACACAACAAUUAAGUUACUUUACUUUCUCCACAAACAUUAUUACGUAUGCAGAACAACAACAACAAACAAACAACAAUAGCAAUUGAUUAGAGAAGGUUUAUAGCAAGUAUCUAAGAUAGAAAUCGAAGCAAAACGUGAGAAAUAUAGUUCGGUAGAGAGACAACAACAAAAAAAGGAGAGAGAGAGAUAGUGGAUAAAAGAGAGAUUGAUCAAUCAUGAAGCGAUUGAGAAAGAGAGCAACAGAAAUGCAUUAUAUAUGAAUAUAAACAAACUAUAUUAUGUAUAACUAAAUCAUGGAAAAUUAACAAACAAAGAUGUACUAUUUAUAUAUACAUACAUGCAAUAUGUAUGAGUGAAAGAGAGAUAUUGUCGGUUUAUGAUUACGUUUAUUCAAUGAGCACCACGUAAUUGGGAAUUGUUUUGGCUUGUGUUGUGGCCAACUCAAGGACAUUGAGCAUCAGCUGCAGAGAUCAGUUUAUUACUUGUAACUUGUAAGCAAAAAAACAUAUAGUAUGCGAGUCGUGAAUUUUUUAAAACUAAAAGCUGCAAGCUAAACAAUUUUUAUAUUUAUACAAAAACAAAACGUAAACGAUAAAUAGUUGUCAAUCCUCC